ACAUAGAUUUAAUAAAGCAUCGCUGCAGAAUGCAAAAAUAAAUGGUAAACGACCGAAGUUUCUAUAUUACACUAUGGUCCCUUAAGAUCUAGGCUAACCUUAAAAUAGUCAUGCAAAGAUUUCGAUGUUUAGAUCAUAUAUCUUACAAACAUGUAAAGGGUUAAAUAUUAUGAAUAAACCAUUAUUGUUUCCACGAAGCGCGCACAGGCGAUAUCAAGUUACGUCGCUUGAAGCAUGCUGGGGCGUAAAAGCGGGGAAAAGAAAGUCAUCGCUAAAAAAGUUGUAAAAUACGCCACGCACAAUCGUAACGUUACUUACAUCCAAGACUUUUCUGUUUGUCACUGGCCUGCAAAUCAAUUUAUGAUUUUCUUAAAUUCGAGAAAUUGAACAAUAAUAAGAAUAAUAACUGAAAAAAUACAUAAAGGAUGAGCUUUCAGUUAUUUUAUGUAGCAGGCGAUAUAACGACGACUCAAUCGAGAAGAGUCAGGCUCACGUGCUGCUUAUGUCACCAAUGAGAGGCUAGUUUUGCCAAACGUCAAGAGAAUGAAUGGUAGUACGAACAGUUAACUCUAUUCAGUAGUAUAACGGAGCGAAAACGGAAAAGUUUGAGUUGUGAGGUCUUGAGAGUUAAUAUGCGAAUAUUAUAAAAAACAAUCUAAUUAACUUCGAAAAGCAAAUCAGCGGCUUUCUGUGUACGGGGUCAAAAGUUUUUUGUAGUUAAUUUACUUUUCUAGAGACUUCUUUGUACGGGACGCUUUCAGCUAACAAAGUUCUGCGGCCUGAUGAGUAAUCCUGCCAGCAGUCUUGCUGAUAGGCGACCCCCAAAGGUCUGGACUAGUGUUGAAGAGACUGACCCACAUGACCUUGAAGCUAAUGGUGCAGCUGAGUUGCAGUACGAAGUCAUUAACGAAGUGGACACUGUUCCUGAGGGGCAUCGGUCAAGUUGUUGGCAUGGCUUUAUGAGUGGAAUUGGAGGAUGUUGGCGAACAAGAGAAAUGGCCACAACCGAGGACAAAGAAUGGCACGUGAGGACAACUCUACGGGAAUUGGUUAUCUACAUCUUCUUCGUAGUGGUUCUUUGUAUCUUGACAUUCGGCAUGAUGAGCCCCACAAUGUACUAUCACACAAAAGUUAUCAGUGAACUCUUUCUAGACUCAUCUUACAACGAUACUUUGAAUAACGUUAGAGGUUCGACUCAAGUUAUAGAUUUUUGGAGGUUCGUUGACAACGUUAUGCUGGACAGUCUAUAUUGGGAAAACUGGUAUAACAAUGACGCUGUUGGUAAACAAGAUCGUAACGUUUUAUAUGAAAAUCGACUUUUAGGUUCUCCUAGACUUAGACAGUUACGCGUGAGAAAUGAUUCGUGUAAAGUCCAUGAUGAAUUUAUCUCAACUAUUUUUGCGUGUUAUGAUAAUUAUGCUCCUGACAUAGAAGACAAGAGACCAUUUGGCUUGAUGAAUGGAACAGCUUGGCAAUACUUUUCCGAGAAACAACUUAAUGGAUCCAGUCACUGGGGGAGACUGGCUUCUUAUAGUGGUGCUGGAUCAUAUAUUGAUUUAGGUACUUCCAAGGACAGUGCUAAACACAUCAUGAAUGAACUUCGACAGAACUUGUGGAUAAGCAGAGCAACAAGAGCAGUGUUUCUGGAUUUCACUGUUUACAAUGCAAACAUCAAUCUCUUCUGUAUUGCAAAGAUCGUGUUCGAGUUUCCAGCUACUGGAGGAAUGAUACCAUCCUGGUCUUUUCGAACAGUUAAGCUACUUCGUUAUGUUAACCCUUUUGACUACUUCAUUAUGGGCUGUGAGAUCUUGUUCUCUGUGUUUAUUAUGUACUACAUAAUAGAAGAAGCUAUUGAGAUCAAGAAGAACAAGUGCAACUAUUUCAAAUCGAUAUGGAAUGUUUUGGAUAUCGUAGUGAUUGUGCUGUCACUUGUAUGUAUAGCCUUCAGCAUCUACCGUAUCUUAAUGGUGGACACCAUGUUGGAGGGUCUGCUGAAUAAACCAGAUGAGUUUGCUGAUUUUGAGUUUCUAGGAUUCUGGCAAACUCAGUUUAACAAUGCUGUAGCUCUGGCUGUGUUUUUUGCUUGGAUCAAGAUUUUCAAGUACAUCAGCUUCAACAAGACCAUGACUCAACUUUCUUCUACUCUCUCACGAUGUUCCAAAGAUAUUACUGGAUUUGCUGUCAUGUUCUUUAUCGUCUUUGUUGCAUAUUCCCAACUUGGUUAUUUAUUGUUUGGCUCUCAAGUUCAGGACUUCAGUAGUUUCCUGAAGGCUAUAUUUACUCUACUACGAGUCAUCUUAGGCGAUUUUAACUUUAAUGAAAUCGAAGAAGCCAAUAGAGUUCUUGGUCCUUUAUACUUUCUCAGCUAUGUGUUCUUUGUUUUUUUUGUUUUAAUGAAUAUGUUCUUGGCCAUCAUCAAUGAUACGUAUGCUGAAGUCAAAACUGAGUUAGCCAAUGAAAAAAAUGAAUUUGAAAUUGGAGAGUAUUUCAAAAAGAGCUACAAAAACUUGAUGAGUAAGCUGGGAAGACGAGAUAAAAUCGUUGACAUUCAGAAUGCAAUGAAACAAGUAAAUGGAGAUCAAAUUCGAAAGUUUUCUUUUGAUGAAAUUCGACAAACUUUGAAACAACAAAACUUUACAGAUGUUGAAAUUGAAAUGAUUUUCUCCAAAUAUGACUUGGAUGGUAAUCGUGUACUAGAUGAGAUUGAGAUGAAGCAGAUGUUAUUAGAUUUGGAAGGUCAGAAAAGUAUGCUUGAGAAAGAGAUACAAAAUGAUAAACAGGAAGCAGAGAACUCUGGAGGAACUCGCCCUUCUAAUGCAACUGUAGGAGGAGGAGGUGUAGCACCAGAUGAGUUCAAUGUAUUGUCACGAAGAGUUGAUCGAAUGGAACACUCCAUUGGGAGUAUUGUUUCCAAAAUUGAUGCUGUUUUGGUAAAAAUGAAUGCUAUGGAGCGAGCCAAAGCAAAACGACGAGAAAAUGUAAACAAAAUCUUGGAUACUAUAUCAGAGACUGAAGGACUGGAUGAAAGAGCCAAACGGCAACAAAUGGAGAAACUUGUGCGAGAAGAACUUCAACGUUGGGAUUCAGAGGCCUCCAUGAACAUCCCCGAACCUUCUGCUAGGGGUGGCAGUGAAUAACAUAACCAGCACAACAAGACCAAGAAAUUUGUAGGGACCAGUUCUCUGUAUUAAGUAGGAGAGAACAAAAAUCAUUUGUUCAUAUUAGAGUGUUAUUACGUAAUUUCAUCUCUCUUUUUUAGGGUAUAUCUUAUUUGGAAUAUAAGAAUGAAGAAAUGUCUUAGUACUAGUACACAUUUUGAUGCUGAUACAUUAGAAACUAGAGCACUAAAACUAGAGAUGCUUUGAAUUUAAAUUCAAGGAAUUUAAUGAUUGACUUUAAAAAGUAACAGAUCUUGGCAUAGUUUUGUUUAAACAGUGUUUUUUUUGUCAUAGAAAUUUUAUAUUGCUAUAAGUUUGGAAUUAAAUACAGAAAAAAAAAUCUCUUUCAAGAAACCUUUUAAUAUUUGUUUUUUAUUUUUCUUAUUUUAUGUACUUAAUAUACAAAAAAUGCAAGGUUUGGGAAUAAGUAUAUUCUUAUGGUAUUUGGAGAUCUGUUAACAUAUCACAUUUCUUUUAAAACAUUGCACCAUUACAUAUAAGUACCGAAUAUACAAAACAAUUCAGAGUUUUGGUUUACUAUCAGAAUAAUUUUUAACUAUUGGUUCUUGUGUGACUUGCACCCAUAUCUCAAAGUGCUGCAUUUACGAAAUAAACUUUGUUAAUUUUUUUUUAUUUCACUACAUUCUUUAUGUCCUUCCAGUUUCCAAAUAUUUAACAUAUUUGAUAUUCUGUUGUGUCCCACUCAUUGUAAAUAGCAAUCAUGAAAUGUAAUUUCACACAAACUUGUGCCUGGUUCAAGAAGCUGUUGUUCUUCUACAUGAAUUUUCAGUCCUAGAACAUUUUAUCAAAAGAUUUUUUUGAACUACAAACAGAUAGUUAUAAACUGUUUUUCUGUAUUAUAAAGUUUCUUAGUGUUAUGUUGGGCUAGAUAAUUAUGAUUUCUAUACUUGGAGCAAGAAAGAGAAAAAUUGGAAACUUGAAAAUCGGUUAAUUUUCCAAAGUGUUGUGAGAGCAAGUUAAUUAGAAUUUAUGAUAUGUAGUCUUCCUUGUUAGCUAACUUUUCUUUUAAUCUUUUAUUAUUUCAAAUAUGCUAUUCUAGAUUUUUAAAAUCCAUUUAAUAAAUGUAUUAACAAUGGCAGCAAUAUCUCCGAGAAGCUUUGUAAAGGAAACACCAUAAUAAGGAAAAACUUAAUUUUUUAAAUACUUUGUCAGUUCUUUAAUUUAGACUAUAAAAUAAAUUUUUUUCGUCUUUAGCUUUGUUUUUAAUUUUUCUGAAUAUUGCAUACAAAUAUUAAACCAAAAAUUAUUCUUUUUUAGUGUUUCCUCCAUUGUAAUGAAGUGUGUUUGCAUUAGCUAGUUGAAGAUGGCAACAAAUAAUCUUGUAUCACAAACUUAAUGUAAUACACACUGCACAUUAACAUACGAUUUUUAACUAACAGAAUUGUUGAAGAAAGUGAACAAAGGUACUAUAUAAACUUUAACCUAGAAGAAUGAAACAUAGGAUUUGUGGAAAUUAAGACAAAUAACUUAUUUUCUGUAUUUUUCAAAGCAAAAAUGAACAUUUUUGAAUUUUCUAAAUCAACACCAACUUUUUAACACUACCCAGUCUUGUUGGCUCUAACCACAACUUAAAUUAGUAAUAAUAGCGAUUUUUACUGUUCAUGUUGAGGAGGUUAAAAUAAGACCAUAAAGGCACUUUUUGGUAAACCAUAUUUCUUAUGUUUAGAAGCUCAUAUAUUUAAUAUUUUAUUUCGUGGCUUAUCACGUUUUCACAAAUGCAAAUUGCAUUUUGUCUGUUGAUGUAUUUUAAUAUUUAGUUUUCUAGUAUUCUAUUACAAUUGUUACUGUUUGCAGUGACAUUUUUCAGUGCACUUGUAAAUUGACUGUGUGAAUAAAUAUGUUAUGCAUAUAAAGCA